UCAUCUCGUCUCCUGCCCGUCUCUCCCACGCUCACCCUCAUUCCAUCCACCACCACCUUGCACACACACACACACACACACACACACACACACACAAACACACGCGCGCGCGCCAUGUUCCGGACACCCCUCACUCGCCUGUCGACCCAAUGCAUGACACGGGCGGUGUCGGGAAGGCCGGUGCCGAAGCGGGUGCGGCAGCUGCGUGACGCCUCGCCGUCGUCGCGGGUACCGGUGAGCGACUCGUCGUGGUUCUCCUUUGGCUCGGCAGUGAGUCAUGCGCUGGCCGUGGUGGCCGGCAUGGGCAUUAUGGUAUGGUAUGACUCGCUCGCCCCGGAGGCCUCGUUGCCGGAACAGAUGAAGGGCAUCCUUCCGCGACUGCUGGAUCGGGACACGUUGGGCGAUGAUGGCUUUGAGUCGGACUCGGUCCUCAACUCGGCGUUCAAGACGUACAUUCCCUCAGUCUUUGACGACGAUGAGGAAAACGAGGCCCACGAGGCUGUCCGCGACCGCCUCAAGGCACAUAUGCCGCGCUUCUUCCACGACGACGACGACGACGAUGACGACGAUGACGAUUAGUGACGCUACAGACGGAGCAAGUGGGUAGCGGCAAGGGUGGCGCGAUUGAUGACAAGUUUCUCGAUUACCAUCCCAUUUGCCAGCUACCUAGGACGCACGUUCGGUGCUCAUUGGUCCAUACGUAAAGCGGCAGGGUGGGAGGGA